AUGAGGAACGCCAGUGCUGUCUCCGAGUUUGUCCUCCUUGGGCUGACUGCUGACCCCCAGGUCCAAGCUGCACUCUUCGUGUUGUUCCUUGUGGUCUACCUUCUGACGCUCACAGGGAACUCCACGAUGCUGCUGCUGGUGAUGUCUGAUGCUCAUCUCCAUUCACCCAUGUACUUCUUCCUAGCUCACCUCUCUUUCCUUGAUGUUUGGUAUUCAUCAGUUUCUGUGCCCAAGAUGCUGGAAAACCUCAUGUCUAAGACAAAAACAAUCCCUGUGGGGAGCUGUCUGACUCAGGCUUUCUUUGUGUUCGCCACUGGGGGCACCGAGGCCUUCCUUCUUGCAGUCAUGGCCUAUGACCGCUAUGUAGCCAUCUGCCACCCUCUGCUCUAUGGCCAGAUGAUGAGCAGCCGGCUCUGUGUGGGGCUUGUGUGGGGCUCUUGGGGCGUGGCCUUACUGAAUGCACUCAUGAACACCCUCCUGGCUGUGAAUUUGAAGUUCUGUGACUACAGAACCAUCCAUCACUAUACCUGUGAGCUUCCUUCUCUCUUCCUUAUCUCCUGCUCUGAUGUCUCCACCAAUAUUACUGUCAUGCUCUGGUCUUUUGUUAUACAUGCCUUUGUAACGUUUCUUCUCAUUUUAUCUUCCUAUGCAUGCAUAGUCUCCACCAUUCUUAGCAUCAGUUCCACUACUGGCCGAAGCAAAGCCUUCUCUACCUGCUCCUCCCACCUCAUUGUAGUGAUCUUGUAUUUUGGUUCAGCCAGCCUACGCUAUCUCAUGCCAACCUCAGGUUCUCCCUUGGAAUUAAUAUUCUCUUUGCAAUACAGUGUGAUCACUCCCAUGAUGAAUCCCCUCAUCUACAGCCUGAAGAACAAAGAGGUGAAGGCAGCUGUAAAAAAAAUGUUUGGAAAAUACUGCUAA